GGAACACUCGAGAGACGGACAACGGCGACCCCGCCCACAGCAGCACAUGGCAGAACAGUACCACGACGUACCAUCAGCCGACGACGACGAAGGGGACGCGUGCAGCCGGGACGACUCCGUCGAUAACCAGAGCACAGAUGGCAUAGAGCUCGACAACACCGCCGGGCGAAGCGACGUGGGCAGCCAAGACGGAGUCGAAGACACCGACGAUGAUGACGGCUUCGACUUUGCACCGCCUCACGACGACACUGGCGCCGCCGCUUCCCUUUCAAUUGGCGAAGCAAUUUUGAACGACAUUAAAUCCUCCCAGCUUGCCGCAGAACACCGCGAGAGUCAAAAGGCGGAAGGGAGGCCCUCGAACUGCUGCGUGUGCGGCACCCGUGCCCUCUACACCUGCCCGGGUUGCGGGCGGCGCACCUGCAGCGCGACGUGUGUGCGGGUGCACAAGCAAGAUUUUAGCUGCAGCGGCGAGCGCGACGUCGCGGCGAAGGUGACGCUGGGCGAGUUCAGCGAUGCGCAGCUGGAGCGCGACUUUCACUUCUUGGAGAAUUGCCGGCGCGUUGUCGACAAUGUGGCGCGCAGCUUCCCGCGGUCGAUGUGGCGGUUCACGUACCGGGCGCUGCCACCGCCGCUGCACGCCCUGCGCGAGGCCGCACGCCGGCGUGGCGUCGUCUGCCAAAUCACCUCGGAAGGGAUGCAUCGCCGGGAUGUGAACACGAGUCGUCUCGAUCGUAAAACGAACACAAUUGUGUGGCGCUGCGAGUUUCACUUCGUCGAUGCGCGACAGCCCGACACGGCGGUGACGAUCGGCACGAAUUGGGGCAGCGAGCGGCAUCGUCUGGGCGACGUCAUGAAGUACUGCUGGGCAACCAACCCGCCGCUGCUGUGCUACCACAUUAACCGGCAGUACAACCGAGCUUCCAGGUAUGUGGGGGGCGGUGCCAAGGGAAAGACGGAGGCGGCGGGGAAGGCCGGGGAGGUAGAAGAAGCCACCGGAGCCGGUGCUAAUACGGUCGACCACGCUGUCAACGGGGCCGACAUGCUCCAUGACGCAUGGACGGCGUUGUCAAAUGUUGAUGACGGCGGAGAGGAAGCAAGGGCCGACGUGGUGGCUUCGACGCCGCACGCAGAAGCGAUGACACCACCGAAGUCUGACACGGGGGACGCAGUGCAGAACCUCGCUCCACCCGUAGCGGUGGUCGGCACUGACGAGGAGUCCAUGGAGAAACACGAGAGCGUCGUUCCUUCGAAUGCCGAUCAAGCGUCCACACCUGAGUUGGUGCCCCUCCAUGCCUAUGAAGAAGCGCCUCCGAUGCCGCCCAUCGAGCCCGUCUCACCCGAAGAGGCGGAGCAUCGUGCCUAUGUCCAUUCAUUCCUGGCGCACGAGCGCUACGUCAUCUUGUCAAAAGCCGAACGCCUCGGAAUGGAGACGAAGUACUUCCAGCUGAACCCGCACGAGACGCUCAACGAGAGCCUGCGGCUUCUCUUUUUUGUCAACGAGUUCCCGGUGUUUACGGUCGUGCACGUCUCGCUGCUGGACCGCUUUCCGCUGGUGACGGAGGAGGACAAGGAAGCAAUUCGCAGCAGCUUUCGCUCCAAGAAAACGCGGGAGCCGCGGGAGAAGGCGCCGGUUCGAAAGCGCAGCGACCUCGCCCCGGAGGAGUUGGAUCGACUGGCGCGGGUGCCGUGUCGGCGCUUCCUCAACGGCCGCUGCCAGCUCGGGGCGGAGUGCCCGUACUGGCACUGCACCCCCGAGGAGAUCCCCGCCUGCCGCUCCUUCUUGCGCACCGGGCAGUGCGAUAAAGGCGCACGCUGCAGCUUCCGCCACGACCCGGAGGCGGUGCGCCUCGCGCGGAAACGUCUACGUGAGGACGGCGGUCGCGGUGUGGGUCGCGGCGGUGGUCGAGGCGGUGGUCGAGGCGGCUUUCGUGGCCAACGACGACGCAUGGACUGA